AUGGAUAUUCAAACGACCGAUCAACUGACGCAAAAGAAGUGCAAGCCUUGCGAAGGAGGCGUCGCCCCUUGCACCCUCGACGAAGCGACCAAUCAGUUGGCCAAGCUCGACGGUUGGUAUCUCACCCACGAUGGAAAACGGAUCCGCAAAGACUGGACGGUCAAGCACUUCAUGGCCGGGCUGACGUUCUUCAACAAAGUCGCUGAGAUCGCCGAAGAAGAUGGUCACCACCCCGAUCUUCACAUCGAAGGCUAUCGCAACGUUUCCAUUGAACUGUGGACGCACGCCAUCGGUGGCCUGAGCGAAAACGAUUUCAUCCUCGCCGCCAAGAUCGAUCAGGUCCCCGUCGAAGUGAAGUCGUAA